AUGGCUGGAAAGGAAAACCGCGGUGAAUGGCAGUUUGCUAAUCCGAACAAGGAAAUGCGUUUUGAUUCGUCUUCUCCUGACUUUGAGAGCCAGUUUCCUGUUCUUAAUGCGCCUAAGGAACAAAAAGGUUCUUCCAAUAUGGAGAUGAUCUCUGGUGCUGGUUCUUCGAGAACCUCUACUCUUGUCCUUGGCGAGAGAAAAUCUAAUGUCAAUGCGGACAAUUCUCACAAGAAGCCUGCUAAAAUUCGCGGUAAGAAGCACGCGGAUGUUCCUGUCAAGAAGCCCGCCCCUGUAUCCGGUAUGAAGCACGCGGAUGUCUCUGUCAAGAAGCCCGCCCCUGUUUCUGGUAUGAAGAACGCGGAAGUUUCCGCCAAGAAGCGAGCCCCUGUUUCCGGUAAGAACCACGCGGAAAUCUCCGUCAAGAAGUCCGUCCCUGUCUCUGUUAAGAAGCACGCGGAAAUCACCGUUAAGAAGCCUGCCAAAGUAAUUGCGAAGAAGUCUGCUAAAGUUCCUGGCAGUUCUUCUUCGAAGAAAGUGGAUUCGGUUCAAACUGGUGAAUCGGGGCGCGUUGUCAAGUCAAAGAAAAAGAAGAAUGAAAUUGAUUAUUCUAUGGAAGGCACGAUGAAGAGGGUUGAUCUUUCGGUUAGGCUUCAAGAGAAAAUUGAUGAUGAGGUUCAGCGGAGAUCACCUGAACUCGUUUCAUCGCCACCUAAGAAGUCAAUUAUUAAAGGUUCUUUGUCAAAAAUGAAAAAGAUCGGGACGUCAAUCGGUUCUAAGAUGAGUAAUGCUUUCAAAUCGAAGGGCAAGACAUCGGUGCUUUUAUCUUCAGUUGAAUGUCAUCCAUGCGAUCGUGAGGAUCUUGCUGUGGCUAACGAUUCUGACAUUUUUCAUGACGAUAAUAAAAAAAAGCGUCGUCGUCACGAGUCUUCUAAUUCAAGCCGACGUGUCCGUAAUAAAAAAGAGAGAACGAAGACUCCUGCUCCAUCACGAAAGUUGAAUCAGGGCUCUACGAAUUCCCUGUCUUCUUAUUCGACUGGCUCAAAGAGAUCACGCGUUACUUCAUCUGUCAGUAAUCGAGUAAAUUCUUCCGGCCACAGUCGAAUGAAUAGCAGUACAACUCCAGCUCCUUCCAGAAAGAAAAAACGUUCGACUACUCCUGAGCAAGAAGUUGCUAGCGAGAUUGCUAAUAUUGAUGUCCUUGAACGCCAUCGAACUCAGCGCGCGGAUUAUUUCGAGUCACGUCGUGAAGUUGAGUCAAUGCUCCCUUCUACUUCCCAGAAGAACAACGAAUUAGUCAAAUUCGACGUUGAUUGUUAUGAAUUACGGGCGCAAAAAUGGAGAAAAUUUGUGGCCCCUAAGUUCUCCGAUUUGAUGUACUAUUCUGUCAAUUGUCCGACGAUUGUGAGAUACAGUUGUGAUACUCACAAAAUGAUGAAAAUUAUUGUCAAAGAAGUAGAUGGUUUUCGAUGUUACGCAUUGAAGAGGGUUUAUUACGAUCAAUCAGAUGAUAUAUAUUACGCUGACUUUCGCUGCAAACAAGAGAAAUUAUGGGAUGUGACUCGGAUAACUCGUGAUUUUUCCCCGGAAGAGAGCUACACUCCUGUUCAAUCCUGGUCCGAGAAUACUCACUACAUUUAUAAAGAUGAGAGGAAGAUUUCAGAAUUCGUCCGCGAGGAAUUGCCACCAUGCUCGAAGACACCUAUUUGUGAUAAAAAUAUCAAAUUCGCGGUACAAUGUGACAGUAUCCUGUAUAAAAACCCCAAAAAUGGAAAUUUAAUCCUGCAUCAAGAUGCUCCAAAAGAACUCGGUUGCCUUCUCUACCCAUUGCCUCGAAAGCGCUCAACCAAACCUCAUUGUUGCAAGCCAUUAGAUCAGGACAAUAAUAUGAGAGAUGCCAUCAUUUCGUCAAUAUCGGUCUAUGCAAAGAAUCACUUUACCGUGGACAUCUAUCACGAAGUUGAAACAGUCUGCGAUAUCUUUCAAUAUGACCCUCCUAAUGGAAUUCGCGCAUUAGCAAGUGAGAUUCGCCAUCUUAUUGAGUAUCGUCGUAAGAGGAAUUGGGGUCAAAAAUCAUUGAUUUGUCCUUCGGUUGAUGUCAAUCAUAUGAACAUUUCGUUUCGUUCGUCAAUUUUGAAGGAAAUGAAACAAGUUCAAAUUUUCGACGAAGAAGUUCAGAAAGAGUACUUGAUGGGUGCAUUUCGUCAUCACAUUGAAAUCUACUGGAAUGAGGAAUAUCAAGUUGUUUCUGCGGAUGGUACUUUUAAAUCUGCUAAACCUUAUUCGCAGUAUUACCUCAUUUCUCUCGAUUUUUGGAUUUCUGACGAAAAGUGCGCUUCUGUUCUUGCUUGGCACGGAUAUUCAAACAAUUUUGAUGAAAUCUUCUAUGAGCGGCUCUUCGACAAAAUGUUUACCGAUGUCAAAGAAUGCGGCAAAAAAAUAGGAGUAGUGAAGUGUAAGAUCGAUAUGGAGCUUGGUGCAAAGAAAGGCUUUUUGUUAGCCGCGGCAAAGCACGGCGUUGACACGGGAGUAACUGCUUUGUUCUGCAAUUUCCACAAUCUGGUGGGGCUUCGGCGUUAUGUAUCUGGGAAUAACGGACGAGCUCGUCUUAGUCCUGCUCAUGAAACAACAAUUCAACAUUUGAUGGCUUGUAAAUUCGUGCAUCCUUCUAUAGUUUUUGAACUCAUCAAGAAAAUAUGCGAUAACGCGAAAUUCACCUGGCAGAAUAAACUUGCUUCGUCCGGAAAGAAGGUGCGCGACACUGAUGGAUCGGUCUAUUUUCCUGACACUAAGUCAGAGUCCAUCGAGAAGCAUGUGGACGAUGUCUACACUUAUUGGUCCGAUAAAUUUACACACCACAUGGAAAGCUUUUCCUGGUAUAAUGAGAUCAUGACUGAUCGUCGGUUUGCGGUAGGAUUUGACUUGACAACGAACGUCAAUGAAUCCAGACAUUGUUCUAUCAAUCUGAUGCACAAGCGGUACAAUGUCAAGCAUGCGAAGAAAGUCGAUGCUCAUAUUGAGACGAACAAUCGUUGGUUGAAGGAGCAUUUUUCCGAUACAUCAUGCGGAAACUUCACCUAUCGAAAUGUCACGAAUGAAGAGUUGAAUUCAGUGAAUACCAUAUAUUCAUUGUGCGACUGGUCCAGAAAAAUCGCAAUGCGGGACAACAAAACUAUCACUCCUGCGGAUUUCGACAAGUUUGCCUUCAUUCUACGCAAUCUCACUGUUGUAAAGAAAGUCGGUGAUAAGGUGUCUGAUUACGUAUUACCUCCUGCCAGUGUUGCACACCUUUACAAGCCUGAUGCUGUUGUUACACCCAUCCCCGCCGAGGAUUUCGAAUGUUUUGACGCGGAAAAUUCUGUCGACACAAGCCAGUUUGCCGAUGUCUUAGACGAUGAUAUACUUGACUCUGAUGAUGGAUCUGGAAUAGAUCUUGGGCCUGGGUUCAACGAAAAACUUACUUCUUCUCUCGACAACGAUAUUGAGGAGGAGGUUAUCACCGAUAAUUUUGACCCCAAUGUUCCUUCAAGCUCAAGCCGUAUUAAUGAUUUACUUGAAAAAAGUCGUUCCGUUUCGAGUGCCUCGCAUGUCAAGAAGAAAUCAUCUCCCAUUAAUUCAAGAUUAGUCUCCCAAGUCUCUUCCAAGACUUCCGCCGCGGCGAAUAAUGUGACUUCGGCUAAAGAUUCUUCCCUUUCCCGGCAAAUGAGUGAUGUGUCAAUCACGGAGACUGACCCUUACGCAUCGUUGGGCUAUUCGCCGAUUAUUAUCCCUGGAUCUAGAAAAUCUGAUGAUGAAACUGCCUCCUCCGCGAAUCAAUCGCCAGUAGCUACUUCUCUCGUGAUUGAUGACUCCCACGAUCGUCAAAUCUCUCAUUCUCGUCCGGACGAUCUUACUGCCAUGGAGAGUUCUGUGUCUGAUGAUUCUGGUUCUGAAGGAUCUCUACGGGAUUUCUUAAUUCACGAUGAAAAGAGUGGGUGUGAUGACAGCUAUCAUGGUGGCGGAAGCGAGGAUUUCGACGAUAGCGAUUUUCUUGACGAAGAGGAUGAGGAUUGUGAAGAUCCUCAUCAGCUGCGUCCAUGCGAUGAUGUCGAGCGCGAAAAUGGCAGUCACGAAGAAGAUGAAUCUUCAAGUGAUUAUGACGAGAUGAAUGCCGAAGUUGCGGAACCCGAUGGAUGUCAAGAGGAUCUUGCGUCCAACAGCGGGGAGAGCGGCGCAGGCGAAGAUCAUACCGAUCUAAUGAUUAACGCGUCAAAGAAUUCUGAGGCUGAGGGAUCUGUUUAUUAUCGCGAUUCUGAGGAAUAUGAUUCGUCUAGCGAGGUAGAUGAGUGUGAUGAUAAUCUUGGUGAUUCUGCUGAGUCGGAAGCUGAGGAUUACCCCCCUCGUCGUCAAUUAGAGGUUCAGCCGAGCGAUUUGUCCGACGAGGAAUCUUACAACUAUGCGAGAUCUUUUGCGACUGGGAACAGCGAUAAUGUGACAGAGAUGAAGCGUGUACAUGAUGAUAUUAGUUGCAGUCGAAAGUCAUCUUUUAAUGGAAAGGCUUCUGUUUCUGUCGUCACUCUUCCUAUGCUUGUUUCAAUGAGCCGCUCAAACGCGAUGAAGCCAACGCCUGAUGUUAACGAUAUUAUCUCAUUGCAGAGUUACGAAGAUAACAUGGAGUGCGAAAAUCAGUCUAAUUCCCGCGUUUUAUACAAAGAAGAAAAAAUCUACGUGGGCGCUAGUAAUGUGCGUAGAUUUAAAGCCUCCGACAAUAAUGGCCAGUGCACUGACCCGUCCAAGUACAUUGUUGUUGACUCGGGUAUGAUACACAUUUGUCCCGGUAUUAAAUGGUCUGCCGAUGAAACUCGUGCUGUUCUGGCGCGUGAAAUGCACGAUGAAGAAAAACGCACCGUUGUCUGUUCUCAAAACUGGGGGAAAUAUGCGCGGGAUCUUUCGCCUAGAUACGGUACAAAUGCCGGCCUUCUUCCCUCGAACUAUUCUGUCUCUGAACAUGGAUCAAGUGGAUCACCAAGGCUGAUUUUGAUUACUGGUGGUCGGGAUGGCGAUACUGUCAAGUAUAUUCUUCGAAUCAAUGGUCGUCUCUAUAUCGGCGUUAAGUUAUUUCUUGUAUUAUAUUAA